AUGUCUAGCGUUCAAUCCCUGCUGCUGGGUGCACUGGAUGAGCUGGAGGAGAAGGAUGUGAAAAGGUUCAAGUGGAACCUGAGCCACAACGUUCCGGAGGGCUUCAGGCACAUUCCCAGGGGCCAGCUGGAGAAGCAGGAUGUGAUGGAUGUUGUUGACCUGGUGGUGGACAGCUACGGUGGAGAAGGUGCGCUGAGGAUCACGCUGCACGUUCUACAGAAGAUGAACCAAAAUGAGAUUGCGGAAAGACUGGAAAGAGAAAAAAUCAUCAUAUGUCAUCAUUUUAAAUCCAGCCUGAGGAAAAAAUUUGAAUUUGUAUAUGAGGGCAUAGCAAAGCGAGGAAACCAAGUGCCUCUCAAAAACAUUUAUACUGAGAUGUAUAUUACAGAGGGUGAGACUGAAGGCAUCAACAAUGAGCAUGAGGUGAGGCAGAUCGAAACAGCAUCCAAGAAACAUGCCCCGCAAGACACUUUAGUCAGUUACAAUGACAUUUUUAGAGCCUUACCUCAUCAAAAAACACCGAUAAGGACAGUGCUGACAAAGGGCAUUGCUGGCAUUGGGAAAACAUUCUCUGUGCAAAAGUUUAUCCUUGACUGGGCAGAGGCAAAAGCAAAUGAGGAUAUUGACCUAAUAUUUGUACUUCCUUUCCGCAAACUAAAUUUGAUAAUGGAUGAGCAGUACAGCCUUCAAGGGCUUGUUCAUUAUUUUCAUCCCGAGAUGAAAGAGAUUGAAAGCUUUGAGUCCAAUGGCUGCAGGGUUCUGUUCAUUUUCGACGGUUUGGAUGAGAGUCGUCUUCUCCUCGACUUCGAGCACAACCAGAACUGGUAUGAUAUUAAAGGGACAACAUCGGUGGACAUUUUACUGACAAACCUCAUUGUGGGGAACCUGUGUCACUCUGCUUUCGUCUGGAUCACCACACGACCAGCUGCAGCCAAUCGUAUCCCUCCUGAGUACAUUCAGCAGGUGACGGAAGUGCGGGGCUUCAAUGAUCUGCAAAAGGAGGAUUACUUCAGGAAGAAGGUUCCUGAUCAGAGUGUGGCUGACAGCAUUAUCAGACACAUAAAGUCAGCCAGGAGCCUCUACAUUAUGUGUCACAUACCAAUCUUCUGCUGGAUUGCAGCCACUGUUCUUGAGCGAAUGUUGGGGCAUUCAGACAGCAGUGAUACUCCUAAAACUCUGACCCAGCUGUACACACAUUUCCUGUUAAUUGUGUUGGCUAAAAAAGGUCCCUCGUUCCCCAGGGGAAAGGAUGGCGAUAGGACAUCCCUCUCUGAUAAAGAAAUCAUCCUAAAAUUAGGGGAUCUGGCUCUGCAACACCUGCAAAAGGGCAACCUCAUAUUCUACGAAGAGGACCUGAGAGAGUGUGGCAUCAGUGUCAGCGAAGUUGCCGAGUACUCUGGGCUGAUCACAGAAAUCUACGACGAGGCCUCAGAGGUGAACCGAGUGAAAAUGUUCCGCUUCAUCCAUCUGAGCAUCCAGGAAUAUCUCGCUGCUUUGUUUGUGUUCCUCUCAUUCCGACAUGGCAACAGAAAUCCACUUGACCAAACCAUCAAAGGCAAAUUUACCAGGUUCAUGAAGAGAGAAUCUUUGUAUGACUUACACAAGAUUGCAGUAGACAAAGCCCUACAAAGCAAAAAUGGACACCUGGAUCUCUUCCUCCGCUUUCUUCUUGGCCUCUCGAUGGACUCCAUUCAGACACUCUUACGAGGUCUAACAGCACAACCACUCGUCACAGACUCACAGAGUGCUCAGGAGACAGCCAGAUACAUUAAGAAACUGAUAAAGAAGAAAUCCUCUCCGGAGAGAGUGAUCAAUCUCUUCCACUGUUUGAAUGAGCUUAACGACAGCUCGCUGGUUCAGGAAAUAAAGACUUUCCUCAGCCAAGGAAAUAUCCCUAGUGGCCAGCUGUCAUCAGUGCAGUGCUCUGCUCUGGCCUAUGUUUUGCUAAUGUCAGAAGAGGAACUUGGGGUGCUUGACCUGAAGCAGUAUAAGACAUCGCACAAAGGUCUUAUGAGGCUGCUGCCAGUUGUUAAGUACUCCAGAGGAGCUGUACUGGAUGGGUGUAACCUCUCUCUGGAGUGCUGUGAAGUGUUGGCUUCAGCUAUCAGCUCGGGCCCCUCUGACCUGAGAGAGCUGGACCUGAGUAACAAUGAUCUGAGAAACACAGGGGUGAAGCUGCUCUCUGCUGGACUGGGGAACUCGUACUGCAAAUUACAGGCGCUGAGGCUGGAUGGGUGUAACAUCUCUCUGGAGUGCUGUGAAGUGCUGGCCUCAGCCAUCAGCUCAGAGCCAACUGACCUUAGAGAGCUGGACCUGAGUAACAAUGAUCUGGGAAACGCAGGGGUGAAGCUGCUCUCUGCUGGACUGGGGACUCCUCAAUGCAGAUUAAAAGUGCUGAGGCUGGCUGGGUGUGGCAUCACCUGUGACUGCUGUGGAAAUCUGGCCUCAACGGCGCUCUCAAUUUCUUCAAACCUCAGAGAGCUGGACCUGAGUGACAAUGACCUGCAGGAUGCAGGGGUAAAGCUGCUCUCCCCUGCACUGGGGAAUCCACACUGCGAACUGGAGAAGCUGAGCCUGUCGCUGUGUGGGGUCAGAGAUGACGGAUGCUGGCACCUGACCUCAGCGCUCCGGUCAAACCCCUCGCAUCUGAGAGAACUGGAUCUCAGCUACAAUUACCCAGACGAGUCAGCGCUGGCUCUGCUCAGCACAGUGCAGGCAGAUCCCAGCCACAGCCUCCAGACACUGCUUGUUGACUACAAUGGAGGCUGCAGGAAGAGACAAAGGCUGCUGAAAUAUGCAUGUGCCCUCACAGUGGAUCCGAACACUGUUUACAGAGAGCUGUGUCUCUCUGACGGGGGUAGAAAAAUUACGCGUAGCGAUGAAGAGCAGCCACACCCUGACCACCCCGAGCGAUUUAAUGAUGUGUGCCAAGCGCUCUGCAGAGAGGGUCUGUCUGGUCGCUGUUACUGGGAGACCGAUUGGACUACACAUCUGGGCUGUAUAGGGGUUGCAUAUAAAGGAAUUGGCAGGAAAGGAAAGGGCAGGGAAUGUUGCCUGGGACUGAAUGACAAAUCCUGGAGCCUGGAUUUGAUUAAUGGCUCUUACUUUGCGUGGCACAACAACAAACGGACCCUAAUGUUUGCCCGCUCUCGCCUGGCCCACAGAGUAGGUAUGUAUCUGGACUGGCCAGCUGGCACGCUGUCCUUUUACAGCGUCUCCUCUGACACACUGUCGCUCCUGUACACCUUCCACGCCACAUUCACAGAGCCCUUGUAUCUGACCUUGUGGAUAUACCAUGGCACCUCAGUGUCACUGUGCCGGCCCGAGUAG